AUGUCAUCAGAACAAGACCUACGCAAUGGCUGCCACGCCUUGAUAACGGGCGUCCAUACUUCAUAUGGCUACGUUCCAUCCACUGCUGCGGGAAUUGUGUUUUGUAUCUUGUUCGGUCUCUCUACAAUUGUACACAUAAUUCAGCUUGGUUGGUCCAAGAUCUGGUGGUGCAGCGUCUUUGUUGUUGGUGGACUAGUUGAAAUUAUUGGCUGGGCUGGCCGGGCUUGGUCCUCUCAAUGCCCAUACAACUCGACUGCUUUCCUCAUGCAGAUCUCGACGCUGAUCAUUGCCCCUGUUUUCUACACUGCUGGUGUUUAUAUUAUUCUUGGCCGCUUGAUCCAGGUCUUCGGCCGCGACUGCUCCAUUCUUCGACCGAGCCUAUAUCUGUGGAUAUUUUGUACUUGCGACGUGAUCUCCUUGGUUGUCCAGGCAAUCGGUGGCGGUUUGGCCUCGGCGGCAGUGAACAAAGUCGACGGCAACACCGAGCCAGGUGCAAACACCAUGGUUGCAGGAAUUGUCUUCCAAUUGGCUUCUAUGAGCGUCUUUGUUAUUCUUGCAAUCGACUUUCUGAUCCGGUCCACUAGACGAGGCAUGUUAAAAUCCGGAAAGCAGUCCUCCAUUCCUAUACUAAGUGCCAUGACGCUGUCAUUACUGUGUAUCUAUAUAAGGAGCAUAUACCGCACUAUAGAGCUUGUACAGGGCUGGCACGGACACCUUAUCACGCAUGAGCAGUACUUUAUUGCGCUCGAUGGGGCCAUGAUGGUCAUCGCCGUUGGGGUUUUUAACUUUGUACACCCUGCGUCCUUCUUGCCUCGAUCAUCAGUAGAGGACAAUGGGGAGUGGUUGGAGAUAACUCGAGGAUCUAAAGCGAGAAAAUAG